GUUGCCAUCCCCCUAAAAUAUAUUUGAAGCUUUGCUUCCAGACUCCCAUUAACACAAUUGGUAGGCAAAUGGGUUCGGAAGCAAGCUCAGUAUGCUUGCAUGUCCUGCUUCUACUGCUACUAUCCAGCUUUGCACUCUCUGUUCAUUGGCCUGUAAAAUCUCUGCCUGGCUACUCCGGUGAUUUGCCCUUCAACUUUGAAACCGGGUACAUUAGUGUGGAUGAUAUCGAGUUCUUCUACUACUUUGUCGAGUCAGAAGGGAACCCUGCAGCUGACCCUGUUUUGCUUUACCUCAAUGGAGGUCCUGGUUGUUCAGGUUUAAAUGGAUUCUUCUACCAAAUAGGCCCGUUGAAGUUCAACAUUUCAGAUUACACCGGGGGCUUACCGACAUUGAUGUACGAACCAGAAACAUGGACAAAGACGGCUAGUAUAAUAUUUUUGGAUGCACCUGUUGGUGCUGGUUUCUCGUACGCCAACACUACUGCGGCUUGGACCACAACAGAUACAGGAGCAGCAAGCCAGUACAAUGACUUUUUGAGAAGUUGGAUAGAUGAACACCCGAAUUUCAGUACAAAUCCGGUCUACAUUGGUAGUGAUUCAUAUGCUGGAAUGAAUCUUCCCAUCCUUGCUCAAGAUAUAAUCAACAGCAAUGAAGCUGGAGUCGAGCCAAUUAUAUACCUCAAAGGAAUGGUACUUAGCUGCCCGCAUACGAACACUGAUAUUGAAACAAAUUCCAAAGUAGUUUUCGCCCAUAGGAUGGCUCUAAUAUCAGAUGCAAUGUACUUGUCAGCCAAAACCAGUUGCAAUGGGGAUUAUGUGGAUACAACCACUGCAGCAUGCACAGAAAGUCUGAGUGCUAUAACCCAGUGCAUUGCUGAAAUAAGUGUAACCAGUACUUUAGAUCCUGAUUGCACUUUCUUGUCCCCGAAAGAAGAUGAAGAAAAAGCCUCCAGAAGAUCUCUCAGGGAAAGCCCUAUCAAGAGUCCACUAAGCCUACCAUCAUCAAUUACAAAGAAACAAGAUUUUUAUUGCCAUAAUUUCCCUUAUUUGCUUUCUGAUGUAUGGGGAAAUUAUGAAGGCGUCCAAGAGGCUCUUCAUGUUCGACCGGGAACUGUUAAAAUGUUUUUUAGGUGCAACGUUAGUCUCUCGUACACUGUAGACACCGAUGAUGCCGUCACUUAUCACAAGAAUCUGACCGACACAGGCCUACAAUUACUGGUUUUCAGUGGUGACCAUGACAUGGUUAUUCCACAUAAUAGUAUUGAGUACUGGAUAACCACACUAGACCUCACACUCGACACCGAUUGGCGUCCUUGGUUCGUUGAUGGUCAAGUCGCAGGGUACACAAGGAGGUAUACAAACGAUGGAUAUCGGUUGACAUAUGCAACUAUUAAGGGAGCUGGUCACUCACCCCACGAGUACAAACGAAAGGAAGUUUUUGACAUGUUCCAUAGGUGGAUCCAUUAUUAUCCUCUCUAAAUUUUUCGUCAGGUCUAUUUGUAGAUUCAAAUAAUAGUUUCAUAUGCAAUUUUGAUAAAAAUAUGCAAACUUCAAGUGCUCCGGCCAUUCUUUAGAUCUUGUAGUGUUGUACUAUAAGGCAUUGUACGA